GAUUAAAUUUAAUCAUUUUCUCUUUCUCAUUUCAUUUCCACUUCCAUGGCUCUCCAGGAAUUGUGCCACUGCUCCCACAAAAAUGAAAGACAAGGUUAAGGUGCCUCUGGUUUUGUUCGGCGGCUCUGGAAACUAUGCCUCUGCAUUUUAUGCUAAUUUCACAGUUACUUUGUCUUGCAUUACCUUCUUAUUCUCUUCCACAGAUAAGAGGAAAUGUGGGAUUGUAACUGUUAACAUAACUGCUGUUUUAUUGGCUGAGAAUGGGAGGCUAAGGUUCAUAGAAAGCAUCACAAAGAGAUUUGCUGAGUUGACCAUGGCACAUAAGGGAGAAGUGAAAGCCAUUGUCACAACUGUCGUUCCCCUUCCUCCUCAGGAGGAGAAAGAAUUGAAAAAGACCUUGCAUGAGAUAAUUGGUCAAGGGAAGAAGGUUAACCUGGAGCAGAAGAUUGAUCCAAGUAUUCUUGGUGGGAUUACCGUAGAGUUUGACAAGAAGGUGUUUGAUUUGUCCAUCAAGACGAGGGCACAGCAGAUGGAACGGUUCUUCGGUGAGCCAGUUCACCUGCGUAACGUCUGAACGUCAAGCCAUCUUUCUCUGGCUCUACUCAUGUGCCAAAUGGGAUGCCCCAACUGGAAGUUUUAAGUGUUUAAGUUCUUGUUUGGUACUAUUUUCUUGUACCCUGCUUUUUCAUUUGAUGGAAAGCAUCCUUUGCAAAUAAAAGAAAACAUGCUCUCUCCUUUUAUUUAUGGGAAUCGCAAAUAGACUUCCAACCUUUUU